GCGACCGAGCGAGUUUAACGACACGCGCUCGCGCGCGUCAAAAGAUGCCAUGUGGCGGAGGGACCGAUAACUACCAGGAGGAUGCCCAAGUCUUCACUCUGAUCUCCGACUACGAGGUUUUCGGAUCUGUCCGCGUCUGGUACGGCGAUCGGUCGGAUAACCGCCGGAAGUUUUCUCUCCGCCGGCAAAAAUCUUCCACGAGACACUCGCGACAUCGGGAUAUAGCGUGAUCUUUCUCGGAAUACAUCUUUUCGGUGGUUGAAGAGUGCGGCACGUCGUUCUUAUGCGAUCUUUAUAGAAUAUAGAUCACGAGACGAAAGUGCGUUUGCGCCGUACAUCUCGAAUUACGCGCGCAAUCGAUCGACGCGAAGCGUUUUGACUCUUGUGUCUCGUAAGAUCCAUAAAGUAUUUCCGUUCUUCUCGCGAGAAUCGGCCUUUUAUCUCGAUUCAUGACCGAAUUAGUCUGAGCUGCGUCGGGCAAGAAUAUGCAAAGAUCGCCGCAUGGUCGAAAAACAGCGAACAGAGGAGUGAAUUGAGAAUAACGAGCGACGCGCGAAGGUGGAAUCUUAGUGGUUUUAGCGAAUCAGAGCGGAAAAUCCCGCACUUUGGACGGAAUUGGCCAAGUGCAUUGGACUCAGCAAAGUUAACGAAGAAAUUAAAGGAGGAAUUAAUAUCAACCAUUGAAUGCGUUCGUGUUCUCACCAGAAUUAGUGAUUCAUCAUUCCUUCUAGAAAGAAAAAGAGAAAAGCAAAUUAGCCGCCAUCGCGGCAAGCGAAAGCAGAGAGAGAAGAAGCGCUGUCGCGAUUUUACGACAGGUGAAACGACCUUCAGCGUCGGUCAUCUUUGUCUUCAAAUCAGCUAACUUUUGAUUACGUUACAACCCGGACUGUCACCUCGAAAGAUCAUAUUUGCUAGAUAUCUUCGCUCAGCCAAUUUCUAUCCACAUCAAAUCUAUUUCCAAUAGUUGAAGUACAGUUGAGGAAAUCAGACGAGUGAUGAUCAAGACGCAGGUGAUGUCACUCAGAGAAAAAUUGAAUUAAACUACGCGUGAUUUCGCAUCGUUUCCGUCAGUCUCGUCCGUGAUGUGUUCGAGGGUGAACACGUGGACGGAUCGGUGUGCUUCGAGGGCUGCCUCAAGAGAUCGAGUACAGUGACCGGUACGUGACGUCGCGCGCUUUCUUCGACGACGCGGAUCGCGUGAGAUGAUGACCUUCGUGACGGAUACGGUGCCUUACGCCUACGAAGCGGUCACGAGAUCGGCCUACGACGGUUACCGUCACCAUUUGCAUCACCAUCAUCACCACCAUCAUCAUCCUCAUCAUUCUCAUCGAUAUCGGCGCGUCUACACGCCGACUGAAUCCGAGUAUCUGCAGGGAUACGUCACCAGAAGGGACACGGACGACCGCGCAAGGAUUAUCGGCGCUAACAACGUUUUGGCGUCAGCCGGCUCGUUGAAUUAUCGCAACGACCGAAUUAGGUCGCAGUUUCGGUACACUCUCGAUUCGGAUGACGCCUCGUCAGUGAUAUCGGCGGACGCUUCGGCCGACCUCGAGUCCGGCUCCGCGGACGCCGACGAAGCUAACGAGAUCAACGAGACCAACGAGACGAGCGAAGCGAACGAGGGCGAGUCGAUCGAGCAUGUGCCCCAUCCCCACGUUUUGGAUGCCGGCUCGUCGCAUGGGCCGCGCAGGUGUCUCCUGUGGGCCUGCAAGGCCUGCAAGAAGAAGACGGUCACCGUCGAUCGAAGGAAAGCCGCCACCUUGCGCGAGAGACGGCGCUUGAGAAAGGUCAACGAGGCCUUUGAGGUGCUCAAGAGGAGAACGAGCAACAACCCCAACCAACGUUUACCGAAAGUGGAGAUAUUGCGGAACGCUAUCGAGUAUAUCGAGAGUCUCGAGGCGCUGCUGCAAGGAAAUAGGCCUUCCGGACAUCAGGAUCACCCUUCCGCUGAGAGCAUA